UUCGCCGAAGUCGUAUUUUGCCUCGGCUCUGGUGCUGUCAAAAUGUAUAGAAUUAGAAUAUUAUUUGCAAUAAAAUUGCACUGGAUGACAGAGGGACCAAGAAAGAUGACAUCACAGAAUUGCUCGCUACUGUCUGGACCAACGGAAUGUCAAAACGGAGGCACUUGCCAACAACCUGACUUGACUUGUAUGUGCACCCUUGGGUACAUUGGUCGCUAUUGUGAAAUACCAAUAACGUCAUCACAAGACUGCUCAUCGGUGCCAGGACCAACGGACUGUAAAAACGGCGGCACUUGCAAUAAUGAAUUGAUGUGUAUGUGCACUCCCGAGUACGUCGGUACCUUUUGUGUCUUCCCAAGGUGCACGACUGCAGGGGACUGUUUGAAUGGUGGCUAUUGUCUGAUUCAAUCACCACCUGAGUUGAAUGAGUGUAUGUGUGCUGCUGGGUUUGGAGGAGAUAGGUGUGAGAUUGCUGGAUGCAGGGGUUCAUUGGAGUGUCAGAAUGGAGGAACUUGUGUUAUAGUACAACCACCGGAUCUCAAUACGUGUAUGUGUGCUCCUGGGUUUGAAGGAUUAAGAUGUGAGCUACCAAAUGGUUUUGUAGGGUGCAGCAGCUCGGUGGACUGCCUGAACGGAGGAGCUUGUAUUAUUCAACCUGAAGGAAAUGAAUGUAUGUGUGCUUAUGGAUUUGAAGGUGAUAUGUGCGAGGAAGCUGUUACUGGAGUUGAUGGCUUUGAUGAGCCUUGUUCUGGUAUGGGUGAAGGGUAUUGCCUGAACGAGGGUGUUUGCGAACCUCUGUAUGACGACCCAUCUCGUUGGAAAUGUAGAUGCACAUCGGACUACGCAGGACCCAUUUGCGACGACGAAAAGGCCUGUUCUGCAAGCAAUAUGUGCUCUGAUCAAGGGACGUGUGUGGACGAGAGAUGUCAGUGUAUAGUUGGUUUCUCCGGGUUCCUCUGUGAAAUCGCGUGCACCGAUAAUAGCGAGUGUUUCAACAUGGCAACCUGUGAUAUACCAUCGGGAGAGUGUAUCUGCCUGCAAGGAUACACAGGGCCCAAGUGUGGACUUGGUGUGGGCAACCAACCACGCUGCCUGAUCGAUAGAGACUGCCUUAACGGAGGUACGUGUGAGAAUGACGGGACAUGUACAUGUAUCAAUGAUUUCAACGGACAGCAAUGUGAAAUUGCUUGUUCCGACAAUAGCCAAUGCAAGAACGGUGGCAAAUGCAGAAUUAAAAAAGGAAAAUGCGACUGUGUUGAUGGUGCUACUGGGGUCCGAUGUCAAAUGCUUCCGGCGGCUUCAUCCACGGUUGUCAUUAUUGUGUCAGUCGUUGCAGUUAUCCUCGUCUUACUCGUCAUAAUCCUAGUGAUAAUACUCCUCAAGAAGCACAGAUCCAAGAAAAGAAACCAAACAAAUAAUGGACAUGUAGAGAUGGCGCCCAGGUCUAGAUCAAACGAUUACAUUGGCAUCAGGGAUGACAAUAGAUGGUCCGGCUCAAAAGGUUCUCUUUUGAAGGCUGAAAACUUUGAGCCGACCGGGAAGGAGUUUCCAAGGGAGCUGCUCCACGUGAUGGGAGAGCUUGGAGCAGGCUCGUUUGCCAACGUACACAAAGCUGAAGCUGAUGGUAUCAUAAAGAAGGGAAUUAUGACGACUGUUGCUGUCAAGAUGUUGAAGACCUCAGCGACUGAGACAGACAAGAGUGAUUUUAAUAAAGAGAGAAAUAUGUAUCUUAAUCUGGGAUCUCAUCCGAAUGUUGUGAAAAUGCUAGGAUUCUGCACUGAACAGGAACCCUAUUUCCUUAUCAUGGAAUACCUACCCAAUGGUAACCUGCAGUCCUACCUGAGACACAUUCGUACAGGUUCCAAGGAGCAAUAUGGUAACGUUAAGGAGGAGAAAAGGAACUUUCUACUUCCGGAUGAAAUCUUAUCCUUUGCCAAUAUGGUCGCCAACGGCAUGGAAUUCCUCUCCUCGAAAUCGUGUAUUCACCGUGACCUUGCCACACGAAAUAUUCUACUUGGAGAGGAUCUUGUCGCCAAGGUGUCUGAUUUCGGACUAGCUCGAGAUAUCCAAGAUGAACAGCAAUACGAGAUGAAAUCAAAGGGUCGGGUACCAGUCCGUUGGAUGGCCCCGGAAUCGUUACACGACAACAUCUAUACUUCGAAGAGUGACGUGUGGGGUUAUGCUGUGCUCAUGUGGGAACUAGUUACGCUAGGUUCACAUCCCUACCCAGGCAUGUCAUCUCGUGAGGUCAUGGAGAAGAUCAAGGUUGGCUACAGGCUUCCCAAACCAGAGCACUGCAGUGAUGAAAUCUUUGAUUUAAUGAAAGAAUGCUGGAGUGAAAAUCCGGACCAAAGACCAACCUUCACCGAGAUAUGCACGAAACUGGAUCGCCUGAUGGCUGACGCUAGUGGAUACCUCAUUAUGUCUGAUCUGAAUAAAGAUGACUACCUCUAUCUAGAACCGAACCAGACUAAGACUAAUACAGCUGAUGAUGUCUGAACCUGCUCGAACUUCCUGUAAUAACGAUCAUUCUACAAAGAUACAUUUUGGUACGAUUGUUUGUCUAUGUAGGGAAAGCUCCAUUAAAGACACUGUACACUAUUGGUAAUUGUCAAA